UGCCAUUUUCCACGUGUUUUUCAGUCGUGUUCUUAAUUGCUACAAAGUGUGCUCGCGCAGCUUAAACAGCGCUUGCGAAAGCACUGGUCGCAACAGCGAUGGUUUACUGUUGCGUGCCGUUUUGUAAAUCGAGCGGACGGACAUCUGCUGGCAUCUCAUUUCACGAGUUUCCUGUCACUGAUGUGCGCGUACUUUGGCUGAAGAAGAUAUCUCGCCAAGGCGAAGGUCCGGGAAAACAGCCAUGGGCGCCAAGCGACAGAAGUAAAGUUUGCAGCCUUCAUUUUAAGCCUGAUGACUAUAGGGAAGGCCUUAAAUCAAAAAGGCUAAAACCAGAUGCUGUGCCAUCAGUGUUCCCACACUACCCAGUGUAUCUACAGGAGCAGCCCAAGAAGGGGCGAAGAGAAUUGAAGCAUCGAUUAGCUUUGUCACCUGCAGAUGGACCUGAUGUGGAUGCCAAAAGGAAGAAGAUGGAAGCUUCUGUAGCUCCCUGCUUGCAACCCGAGGGCCAAAGUGUACAAGCGGAAAUCGAGGACUGUGCAGAUUACAACGAAUCCUUUGAACCUCUAUCUACAGAAGAACAAUGCUGUUCUCAGCCUGUACCACUGGAAAAAUUCAGUAGCCCUAACUUUUUAGAUCUACAGCUACAAGACAGCCCCAAAUGUGCACAGACACCUACAACACUGUUAGUACACUCCACGGAAAAGAAAUUGAUGCCAAUGUGCCUUUCUCAGGAAAUCCCAUCCAUCUUCUUGUUGCCUGCACCUGAAGCAUCACGCAAGACUCCUUCAGCUUUAAGGAGGCUUACCAGGGCACAAGGAAUGCAGACGAGACUUUCCUCUGCAAAAAUAGUGACGCUGGUGAAGCAAGUAAAGACAUUGAAAAGGAAAUGCCAAAGACUCCUUAAGAAGCAAGGGAGGCUACAGGAAGAGGCUUCUUCACUGAAGCAACAGGCUAAAAAAAUGGAUGCAUGGAUGAAGAAAUCAAAUUUCACCAUUCUCCAGGUAUGAAAAGUGUAAGCCACUAAGAUAAAUUGUAUGACUACACAAAUCCUUAUGUAGUCAUCCAAAAUUAACUGUAUUUAUAUCUAUACAGCUGAACAUCUUUGAGUAGGUACAAAGGAAAGAUUGAGAGGAGGAAAUAUGAUGAUACAGUGACCGGUCAAUUUUUUUUCUGU